AUGAAGACGCGCAGCGGGCGAUACACCUCCGAGCCGCCGUCCUCGCUCGGGCCGAGGCUCGGCGUCCUCCCCUCCGACGUCCUCGAGCUCGUCCUCUCCGGGCUCGACCCGACGUCGCUGUUCCUCUUCGCGCGCGUCUCCAAGGGCGCGCGCGAGGCCGCGCGAGCUCGCGCGCCGGCGCGGCGCGCCGACCUCCGCGUGAAGGACUUCGUCGGCUCCGUCGCGAUGCUGUCGUGGGCGAAGAAGGACGGGUGCCCGUGGACCGAGUCCGUCGCCGAGGCGUGCGCGUCCGUGCGGGGGAACCUGCCCGUGCUGAAGCACGCGCGAACGCGCUUGCGCUGCCCGAUCGAUGUCGACCGCGUGCGCCACAUCGCGGCCGAGAACGGCGACGUCGCGACGCUGCGAUGGGCGCUCGAGACGCAGGGCGACCGCGUCCUUCGCUGGGAGACGUGCGAGCGCGCCGCGCGGCGCGGACGACUCGACGUGGUGCGAUACGUCGCCGGUCACGCGUCGCCCGUUCACGUCGUCGCCGAGCGCGGACAAGACUGCGCGUGCGGCCGCUGCGGCGUCCCCAUCGUGUUCCACGCGCUCGGGCGCUUCUCCACGACGCACGAGAGCGAAGGAUUCGACUUCACGAGCGUCGCGCGCACGGCCGCGCGCGGCGGGCAACUCCAAGUCCUGCGGUGGGUCCGAGAGCAAGACUCCGGGCUCGUCUCUCAGGGCGCCCCCGACGUCGCCCCCCCCGGCGGCACGCCGAUGGAGUGGCAGCACGGCGUCGCCGCCGCCGCCGCGCGCGGCGGCCACCUCGACGUCCUUCGAUGGCUCACGACGUACGACGCGCACGAUACGUGGUUCGACGACCCCGCGCUGUCCUCCUGCGAAGCCGCGGCGAAGGCGGGGAGCUUGGAGUGCCUGGAGUACCUCCGAUCCGUCGGGUGCGCGUGGGAUCCGUUCGUGACGUUCGAGGCGUCCAGGCGCGGGCAUCUCCGCGUCCUUCGAUGGGCGAUCGAGAACGGGUGCGAGAUCGACGACGACUGCGUCGUGAGCGCGUUCGAGCACGGCGAGAGGGAGACGUUCGAGUACCUCCUGGCCGCGCACGCGCCGGACGAGGAGGAAUUCACGAUGGAGGAGUUCGACGAGACGUAUCCGACGGCGGCGCACAGGAAGUCGGCGGCGUACGACGGCAGCGACGACGACGAGGCGCUGUGGCACGGAUUCGACGACGACGACGACGACGACGACGACGACGACGCGAAGAACGACGACGACGACGACGACGUCGCGUCGGGUGAAUGGUGA